AUGCUAACCAAAGACCAGUUCGUUCAGGGUCUAGAGCCGCUCAGAUGUGGUAUCUGUCUGGACGACUAUAGUACCGAGCACGUCCCUGUGCAACUUCCGUGUGGCCACAUCUUCGGAGAUCACUGCAUCGUCAAGCAAGUCGAGGCUGAAAUGCCCAACAACAAUCGAUGUCCACUAUGCCGCCAAGAGCUUUUCCACCAGGAAGAUACACAUGUAUACAUCAGCGACGACUCGGAAUGGGGCGAUGCCGAUGACGAAAACGAGGAGGAAGAAUGGGAUUUUGAUGAAGAGAGAUAUCAGGAGACUCUUGCCGGGCUUCUUCAGGACAGCGAGCCAGCGCCCAGUGCACUCCGCGCUGAGACCAUCGCCACGACUAGGAGGGAGCGCCUCAAUCGCCAGCGGGAAUUCAGAGAGCAUGCCGAGCGCAGGCGAGAUGGGGGCAGGGUAACCAUCCCGAAGCUCCCCGGACGCACCCGCACCUACAACCAGAUCGAAGCAUCUGAUGUAGAAACGGAUGCAGACUGGUCCGGAUCUGAGUACGAGCCAGAGGAGGACAACGACCCAGCCGAUGAAUGUGAGGAGUAA